UGGGGGGUCCGACGGUCUUGUCACCCAACGUCUCGGUGGCCAUGAGGGGGACUGACGGCGUUGACGCCAUCGUUAUGGAAAUUUUAGGUCAAACUUCGUGUCUAGAGGAGGUUUGACGAGGGCAGAAUGGACAGCGAUAAGGGCAGGACAAGUAAAUCCUGUAAUCAUCGUGUAGAUGGCGUCCUUGCGAAUGGCGCUCUAUCGGAUGAAAGGUACGGCAAGGGGACGGAAAUGACUUUGACAGCAAAUCUACAACAAGUGGUGGAAAAUUGGAUCUACAAGUUGAAGGAGGGGAAGCGUCGGCUGAGGGAGAUGGUGACUCUUGUGUCCUCAAAAGUUCGUGAUUGGUCUGAAGUUGUAGGGGGGGAGACUUCAAGGACCGCAUGGCUGAAGGAUAAGCGGCAGAGGAUGAUGGAUGUCCCUUGGGAGCUUGAAGAGGGGCCUGAUCCACAGCUGGAUGAUCUCCUUGAUUGGCAGCUCGUGGACUCCUUGAUGGGCAAUUGCUAUGCGAUUUACGAGGAAGAGAGCGAUCUGUGUGAUAAGGGGGAAUACGCACAUCUGGGGAGGUGUUUGCGAGCGCUGCCUCAAGUGGUUCGCAGCAACUUUCAGAAGCGACGAUGAUAUCCGCGUUCUUUAUCACGACAACAACAUCGCUUCUCACGAGGACAUCUGAAACAAGUUCUUUAACUAUAUCUACAUCAACAUCGCCAACUGCGAAG